AGAAAUCCAGCGUAGGAUGGCGAUCUAUUUCGACAAACUCGUUCAUAACCCUUCCAGAGUUGCAAUCCACGUAGACCUCCAAUGGCACAGCCAAUCCUCGCAUUUAGCUAUCUCAUCUUACAGCGAAGAAAAGGGAGGGAUCGUAACUGUCUUCGAUGAUGAGCAUUAAUUCCUUGAACACACGACACACCCAUAUGCGUCAGAGGAAUCAUGCAACUGAUAUACAUGAUGCUCACUGGUUGCUCACAGCAAUGCUCAUGGGGGAAACAGGAUCACGAGAGGAAGUAAAGUCAGAGGGGGAGCCAAUUGAGGGGUUGGAGAUUUCCUCAACUGCCUCAGCCCAACCCACUGCAAUUGCAUGGCAUCCACACAAGAAGAUUUUAGCAGUUGGAUGGGAGUCUGGUGGCUUGAGCUUAUGUAAUGCUGCUGAAAAGCAAUUUCAACCUGUACAGAGCCUUCACCAAGGUCGCCUUGGUCUUCUCCAGUGGAGCUCACAAGGAUCUCGACUCAUCUCUGCAGACUCAGAUGGUGCAGUGGUUGGCUGGAAAUCAGAUGGCCGUGGUUCUCUUCAGAAUGUGUUUCAUCAUGAUUUGAAAGAUCCUCUCGUGCAAAUGGUUUUCCGAGCAGUCCCUGAACCUUUGGGAGCUUUUGAUCUCAGCGGUCUUGCAAGGGCAGCUGUCAACGGAGAUGAACGAGCACUUGACCUCUUUAGUAAUUGGAGACCAAAAACUGGAGGCAAAAGACAAUCAUUCAGUGCUGAAAUGAAGGAGCAUUUAGGGUGUUUCAUUGGCUCAUCUUCAGGUCGAAUAUACUAUGUGAAUGACCAAGGGCUCUGCUCAGAAGUAUUGGAAGCAGAUGGGGGAAUUAAAGCACUUCUCUAUCAUGAGGCACGUGAUUUAUUAGUAGUUAUAACAGACAGUCUUGUCCUUGGCCAGUUUCAAGUAGAUUCUGAUGGAGCUCUGACUGAAAUCAGCAAGGUGAAACUGAGUGGUCGUCCAGGUGAGGCUGUGUUCACAUGGGCAGGCAAAGGACUUUUGGCCAUGGGUGGAGGAGAAUCCUUUCUCAGGCUCUGGGAUUUGGAUGGUGGAGAUAAUUUUGUUCUCUCUCUUGAACCUCCACAUUUUAGACAUGGAGCUGAAUCCAUCACCUGUAUUUCUUUUUCCUCCAGAAAAGGUGUUUUGGCUGCUGGAACAAAUCAUGGCAGUGUGGCUUUUUGGAAGUAUAAUACCCCCAUGAAAACACCAGGGGUGCAGAGUGAUCCUGAAAAGGAUUGGACUCCACAAACUCCUGCUUCCCUCAGUGGGGCCAUCAAGCAGCUUCACUGGGGAUCCCAGAAAAAUCUCUUGGCUGCAAAUGUCGUCAGGGAUGUCUACAUCCUCAAUGAGCAGAUUCUCUGUGCACAUUUCAAAGAUCAGACUGCAGUCGUCCAGACGAGCCCAACUCAGCUGACAGUAUUGAUGGAAGAAGAGACACGGCUGGAUCUUAGAGCUAAGAUCCAAGUGAGUGGGGUCAGUGCAUCAAAGGAGCACCUCACCGUCUGGGAUGGCAAGAAUGUUGUCACUUAUGAACUUGCUCCUCUCACGAGGAGCUUCAAAUACCAAGAACCCCAAAUGACAUCCAUGCCCUUGGAAAAUGCAGGUUCCUUCACUGCAGACUGCGAUGGCCUGGCCAUAUUUGAACAGACACUGUUCCUCAUUGAAGAUGGGAAGGUUCAAGUUCGUACGUUCCAGGGCACUGUCAAACAGACUUUGAACUUCUUGGAGAGUGAAGGAGAACCCAUAUCCCUCGACAUCAAUGGGACAUUCCUCACUGUGGCCACAUUAGCUGGUGUCAUAAAAAUCUGGGAUUUUUCACGAAGGGAAGCUCAUCCACACUGUCAUCCCAAAGUCCUUCCUGACAUUAUCACAGAUUUUGGUGAGAUCAUCUCUGCCAAGGCAAAUUGUAAUGGGACCCGAGUUGCUGUCGUCAUUGCCACUGUAGGUGUUAUACUCCACAUGUCUGAUAGUUGUGAGACUCCAGGCCUCCAAUGUAGUUUUUAUGAUCUGGAACAGAUGAACUUGAUGCCUGAUCCCAAGCUGUACUUAUGGGAUUUGGAUGGAGAUGCUUUCACCUAUUUCAAUUUUGCUUCUGGGUGUGCUGAAGAAGAUGACAAUACACCUCCCCCCAACUCAGCCAACUCGUCACAGUCUCGAGAAUUCACUGCUCUUGAAAGGACAAAAUUUGAGUCAGCAAAAGAAGUAGGUGGACGAUUUGUUCUGUCUCAUUUUUGGGACCCUGAAGAGCCAAGGCUUCUAGUGUGUGAGGCCAAAAGACUCCCACAACCAAAGAACGAAAAACUAGUCAGUUCCCCUGACCUGAGCAUGAGUUGGGCACCAGAUCGUCCUGAAGUCAUUGUGGUCCCCAUGUUUGCAUCAGGAGAGAGUGGACUAAUAGUACAAGAUUCCUUUCCUCUGGGACCUGAUCACAACAGGUUGCUAGGCAUUCAAACACCUUUCUUCUACCUCCUCAGGAAGAUGGAAAUUGUUUCUGCUAAGGGUCAGUUGGUUGAUGAAAGGGUGAUGAGAGACUUUGUGGGACUAGAAACCAAGGACAAGACCACUCGUGGUGCCAUGAUGAACUUCAGCUAUUUUCUCAGUAUUGGGAAUAUGGAUGAAGCCUUCAAGGCAAUUAAAGCUAUCAAGAGUGAGGCGGUGUGGGGUAACAUGGCACGCAUGUGUGUGAAGACAAAGCGUCUGGAUGUGGCAGGAGUGUGUCUUGGUCAUAUGGGUCAUGCUAGAGGUGCUCAGGCUUUGAGAGAGGCUCAAGUUUUGCCUCAGCUGGAUGCACGGGUUGCUAUUCUUGCCUUGCAGCUUGGCAUGGUGGAUGAGGCCAAACGAUUGCUCAAGUCGUGUGGCCGCUAUGAUCUCCUAAAUGAGCUUCAUCAAGAUAGUGGAAAAUGGGAUGAUGCCUUACAGCUAGCUGCCUCGUUUGAUCGAAUCCACCUUCGAUCUACUCAUUAUAACUUUGCCAAAGAUCUUGAAUCUCAUGAAAUCUCUGAAGUUGUCGUCAAAGGAGAGGUUGCUGAAAUUAUCUCAUUUUGUGAUCAUUUGCUCAUGAUGCCUUUGAAAUGUGGUAAGAUAGCUGAAGCCAUUGAACACUAUGAAGCCUCUGAGACACAUCGCUUUGAAGUGCCGAGAAUGCUCUUUGAUGAGCCUUCUGCUCUUGAUAAUUAUGUAGUCAAGAGCAAGGACAAGACAUUGAAGAAGUGGUGGGCUCAAUACUUGGAGAGCAUAGGAGACAUGGAUGGUGCCUUGCAGUAUUAUGAAGCAGCUGAGGAUUACUUCAGUCAAGUUCGAGUCCACUGCUAUUGUGGCAAGACUGAGAGAGCAGCUGAGAUUGCAAAUGAAACUGGAAAUCCUGCUGCAUGCUACCACUUAGCCAGACAAUAUGAAAAUAAUGAUAUGGUCCGCGAUGCCAUUCACUUUUAUGGCCGAGCAGGUGCAUAUGGAAAUGCCAUUCGCAUAUGCAAGGAGAAUAAUCUGGAUGACCAGCUGUUGAGUAUGGCCCUGCUGGCAGCACCCCGGGAUCAACUGGAAGCUGCAAGGUAUUUCGAGAGUGCCGAGAGACCAUCUUGGGACAAAGCUGUUCUUCUCUAUCACAAAGCAGGGCUCCUUUCCAAAGCUGUGGAACUUGCUUUCAGGUCUCAGCAAUACAGUACCCUUCAGAUGAUUGCUCUGGAUUUGGAUUCCAAGGCUGAUCCCGCCCUACUCCAAAGGGUGGCUGAUUACUUCCUUGAGAAUAAUCAGUUUGACAAGGCUGUUGACUUGCUUGCCAUAGCCAAAAAGUAUUUUGAAGCCCUGGAUCUUUGUGUGGAACACAACAUCCCAAUCACAGAAGAGUUAGCAGAUCGGUUGACAAUGGAUAAAGGUGAAAUGGAUGAAGGAGCAAGGGCAAGGGUGCUUGAGAAGGUUGCUGAAUGUGCCUUCACACAAGGCAAUUACCACCUUGCAACCAAGAAGUUCACCCAGGCUGGUAAUAGGGUGAAAGCCAUGAAGGCCUUACUGAAAUCUGGAGACACAGAAAAGAUUGUAUUCUUUGCCAAUGUCUCCAGACAAAGGGAGAUCUAUGUUAUGGCAGCCAAUUAUCUACAGUCGUUGGACUGGCGUAAGGAUCCAACUAUUAUGAAGAACAUUGUUGCCUUCUACACCAAAGGAAAAGCUCUGGAUCUCCUGGCUGGUUUCUAUGUAGCCUGUGCUCAAGUGGAGAUUGAUGAAUAUCAAAACUAUGAAAAAGGCCUGGAAGCCCUUGUUGAGGCAUAUCAGGCCAUGAGCAAGACUCAGGGAACAUCUCCACAACAGGUGGAAGAGAAGUUGGAACAAAUAAAACUCCGAGCUGAACUGGUCAAGAAGUUUGUGGAUGUUCGAAGGAAUAGAAUAUUUGCUCUGGUGCGGUCGGUUUCCAGUCUCUAUUUGGACGAUCCCAACGAAGCCCUGAAGCAAUGUCGAGAUCUCCUGGCAGAAGACAAGGUGGAAUUGGCUGUGCGAAAGGGAGACAUCUAUGGAUUCAUGGUGGAGCAUUAUGCUCGUGUGGGGAACUUCAAGAUGGCAUACACUCUGAUUGAGGAAAUGCGCCACAAGAUCGAUAACCUCAAUCUGGCCUAUUACAUCAACAUCGAGACUCUGAACAGCAUUUCAAAGGCAUUGGAUGUCCCGCUGUCGACAGGGAAGGCAGCCGAUCUGAUGAAUGGGAAAGGUGGAAGUGAAGAAGACGAGGAGGAGGAGAUCGAGGAAGACACCAGUGGUGAGGCAGACAAGCCCAUGGACCCCUUCUUUCCCAGGGGCACUUAUUUUUGA